UUGAUCAAGUUGAGCAGAUGUUGGCCUAUUUUGGUGCUUUUUUUACUUUUACCUUUACUGUGGACAAUUAUUUACCUUUGAAAUGACAGAGAAGAUACUUCCAGUCGAUAGCAAAGUCCAUGAACUCAAGUUAGGUUCAAGUUUUGAUCCAAAAUCUCGAGUUGCCUUUCACUCUUUCCGCUAUGAUUUCAUGCCAGCAUCGGUCGAUACGUCACAACAAGGGCUGGUGGAUGUCGGGGAGGGGCACCAGGUGACUGUGGGGUUGCCGCACGUUGAGGGCUCAGGUACCUCACACACCAUGUACAAAGGGAACAAGCGCCCGAGUCCCAAGGAAUGUGUCCUCAUUAUAGACCAUCAGACGGGGGCAUUCACUCUGGAGAGACUCUCCAACACCGUCAACUUAAAAAAGACCAGAAUGGAGGGCAGUAGCAAAAUAACCCAGAGUAGCCGACCUUUGACCCCUGUGGAUGUCAACAAGAGAUCCCCUGUCAAACAGAAAGCUGUGGCCUCGUCCUCAAUCAGUGUUAGCCCCCCGACCCCCCAAGUGGAGUCCCCAACAGUCACCCCAGUACACGAUGACCCAAAAAUGGAGGACUCUCAGAAACCAGAACAGAGUUGGAUUGGAUUUAUCAGCAGUAGUAGUGACUCAUCCAGCGAGUCUGAUAACUCGGCCAGUGACUCAGAAGAUGAGUCCAAAACAAAUAAUGAGAAAUCAGGGCAGGGUUUGUUUGGAUCCCAGGCUCCAUCUCUCUAUCAAUCAGCCCCUCCUUCCUCCAAUAUCCUGGGUAAAGAUCUGGAGUUGAGUGACGAUGACAGCGAGAGCGAUUGAGGGCCUGGAAAUUCUGGGAAGAUUUGGAAAAGUUGUUAACAGUGAUGUCAUUGAGGACCCCCAGUACUGCUUUAAAUGGACAUCAUUCUUAUGUUGUUGCUUUAUACACAAUGUAAGGGUAGUGUAUUAAUGCUGAGGGAUAGGAAGAUUGGUAGAAUGGUAAAAAUUUUCACAAUGAAAUGUUUGGUUGGGCUGUUUGGUAUUUCAGUGUUGUCACACCAGCCUUACCUAGUCCAUUUUAAUGUCAGUUGACUUCAUUCUGAUGUACAUAUUAUACUAUUUUAUACCUCAUGUUACGAGAUACUUGUAUGGAUAACACUGACUUGAGACUGUGUUGUGACCAUGCACAUCAUUUUGAUUAAUCCAUAGGCUCAAAUGGAAAACCAGUUCAGUGUAAAUGGAAGAUUUUUCACAUAAUUUUAUUUUUAUGUGUAUUAUGCAAUGGAAUGGGCUGAAGACUUUUUUUUUAGAAAAUGGUUUGAUAUUAUGUCCCUCUUCCUUGAAACAUUAUCUUGACCACGUAUAGGACAUUUCACGGGACAAUACAAACACAAUUUGUUUUGUCAAAACUUGACUGCACAGAUGAAAAUUUUUUUUGCUUAUUUAAUUCUCAGAGGUAGCAUUCAAAUUCUGUACAGUUUGUUGCAUCCAUACAAUGACUUGUAUUAACGAUAAGAGAGAUCAAUAUUUAACAGUUUUAUUUCUUGCCAUUUUGAUUGAAAUAUACAUGUAUAUGACAUGUUCAUGACAUGCUUUUAGAAAAAUCUGACCCCCCCCCCCCCCAAAAAAAAAAUGUCCAUUAUUCUUCAUAUCUUUAAGACAUGUCAGGUGGUAGUUUUAUGCUUGUCCAUUGUCUUUCAUGCAUCAGAUGUUUUAUAUUUUUGUGACAAGUUUUCUUGUUUUCUUUGAAAUAAAGCAAUGAAAUGUAAAAA